AUGCCUCGCACGUUGCCUUCUGAAGUUGGCCGUGGUGGCCCAGGAAGCGCCCGUCAUGCCGUGGGGGGGAAGACUAUCCAGGGUCGGGGUGUAGCCCUCCCAAAGCGUCAUCGCAAGAUCAUCACAGGUACGAUAAACGGUAUCACUAAACCUGACAUUCGUCGUAUGGCCCGCAGAGGCGGCGUCAAAAGGAUUUCUGGUAUGAUCUAUGAAGAUGUUCGGGGAGCUCUCAAAACAUACCUUGAGGAGGUUCUUCACGACUGUGUUGCAUAUGUCGACCAUGCGAGGAGAAAAACGGUCACCGUCACAGACGUUAUUCACGCCGUUAAACGAUGCGGCCGACCUAUUUAUGGCUUCGACCCCGAGACCAACAAGUCCACCAAGGUCAGAGCCACCCGCUUCACUUGA